CCGGGGAUCGAACUCACUACCCUGGCGUUACAAGCGCCGUGCUCUACCAGCUGAGCUACAGAGGACCAAUGUAAAAAGUUAAAUGUUGUUGACGUUUUCCCUUUCACUCGCCAUGGUACAAGUUUGCCUCUGUCUUUUUAAAACCCACUGAGAAACUGAGGACACGUGCGUUUCUCGUUUCACGACAUUGUCUUUGACUGCAGGAUUUUGUACAGUAGGCGACACUAAUGAGAGUAUUUGGACCAAAUUUCACAGCUGCUGUGCGGCUGGUAAGGGUUGUGAGAUGCGACAGUAACUGCUGUAGAACCAGUCCAUACUGAUAAUAGUCGUAAACAAGUCCAAAUACAGUGCUGAAAGAAAAGGCUUAGGUCAAAUUUGACCCUGUGCGCUAAUCAACACACCGGUAGUGCUAACGUUAGCUAGCUUGCUGGCUAAUGCUAUGCAGCACAAGUGCCAUAGCCUGACCAAUUGUAAUAAAGGUUAAAACCAUAUAUUUUUUUGUUAGUUACAUAUUAGCAACGUCCCCCAAAAAGUGUUUGUUUAAAUAGCACCCCAUCAGUAUUAGGAAUAACACAUUGCAUUUUUUGAUUCUGGAGUUUCGAAUACUUAUCUCGCGCAUCGGGAGUCUUCGUUGGAUCACGGACAGAAAUCAGCGAGGCAAGUAAAUAAUGUCAUUACUGCCUCGGAUAGUAACGUUACGCCUACUCGGCAGAGAGAGGACCUUACUCCAUGACCAGUUCAAGUGUAUUUCCGCGAAGAUGUCUUCUUCCUCUGGUAAGAGACUUCGGGUGCUGGUGGACAUGGAUGGCGUCAUUGCAGACUUCGAAGGGGGAUUCCUGAAGAAAUACCGGGCCAGGUACCCCAACGAACCGUACAUCGCCCUGGAGGACAGACGAGGAUUCUGGGUGUCGUCUCAGUAUGGGAGCUUGAGGAGUGACCUGUGUGAGAAGGCCAUCAGCAUUUGGCAGUCAAAGGACUUCUUUAAAGAGCUGGAGCCCCUUCCUGGAGGAGUGCAGGCGGUCAAGGAGAUGGCUAAAAUGGAGAACACAGAUGUCUUUGUUUGCACCAGCCCUAUAAAACAUUAUAUACACUGCCCAUAUGAGAAGUAUGCCUGGAUAGAGAAGCACCUGGGCUAUGAUUUCUUGGACCAGAUCAUCCUAACCAGAGACAAGACUGUGGUGACUGGGGACAUCCUCAUAGAUGACAAGCCAGACAUUCUCGGUGUAGAGCCUAACCCAACCUGGGAGCACAUCCUAUUCACUGCCUGCCACAACAAGCACAUACUCCCCAGCUCCAACCACCGCCGCCUGCUCUCCUGGGCAGAUGACUGGAGGAGCAUCCUGGAGGGCAAGAGGCUCUGAGCCCCCCUCAUACACACGUCAACUUCCCCUUCUCCACCCUGAUGACCUACACUGUAUUGGGGUUCAAAGGGUGAAUACCUCCACUAAAACACCACAGUCAAUCUCCAACUUGAAGUUUAGGGGUCUAUUGUACCUUAUUUUGCCAAUGUCAGAGAAAAUCCAUCUGUUUGACCACUAGGGGGCACACACAGACUGAAGCAUGAGGUAGAAAUACUGAAAAUGAUUGCAGUGAAAGACCAGCAACAAUAUUGAGUAGAGAGUAAAUGCGGAGUUUACUGUUUUGACUCACUCUUUAUAGUUGUAUAAGAAUCUAUUAUCAGUUGUUCCUUCUACAUAUUUUGUUUGUAUGUUGACCAGGACAUUGGCCUGAGGGCCAUACAGUUUUGUUUCACAUGUACUGGAUAGGAGUGACUCCAUUUUGUAAAUGUUGUGUUACACCAUUGUGCCAACAUCGAUCAAAUUGUAGGCCAUAUAUAUUCUUUCUCAACUUAGUUUAGGUAGAUUUCUUAAGUGUUUUAAAGCAUCCACCAAUCCACAGGCACGUAUUGAGAAUGACAGAUAUGACUAGUUUGCAAGAUAUAAACUUAAUGUCUAUGGAUUUAAAACACAGAUUUAGAAAAAGUGACUAUACUUUAAUUUAUUUAAAAAAUAAUUAUAUAUCAAAUGUAUUAUAACGACAUGCUAAACCUUCCUAUUUUAUUUCAAAUUGUAACAUUACGUAUCCUAUUUGCAUUAGUCUUAUGUGUCUUAUUGUUUGAGACAAGAAAAUGGUUGACUGAAAAAAAGCUAAUUACAUAGUCCACCUUAACCUCAAAGUAUCCAACACACACUGCUGUGAAUAUGGUCGAGCUCUUCCAUCAAAACAAAUGUAUUUCUCUUCAUAAGUGUCUUUACAGGCCUUACAGUACAUUCACAAGCAACCUAACGUAGCAGGCGUAGAAAGACACCUGAGCGGAGUCCCCACGUUGUUCAGGGGAAACGGAAGUUCGGUUGAAAAUACUGUAACACUGAAAACCAGAAACAUCCACUUUCUGCUGACUCUGCGGAGAGUGUUCACAAAGUGUUACAGUGCCUUGCAAAAGUAUUCAUCCCCCUUGGCGUUUUUCCUAUUUUCCUAUGCAUUACAACCUGUAAUUUA